UUUAACUAAAAUCAACUCAAACCCUAAUGAACACUCUUGCUCUGAGAUCUAGUUCGGUACUCACUGCAGCCCCUCUCUGUUACUCACGGCGUUCUCCUGAAGUUCACCUCUACCGCUGCCGAUUAAAUCACUGUAAUUUCUUCAUUUAGGAUUACGUUUUGUUUCAUUUUUGAAGCAAACUGUUAAAUUUACAUUCAAAUUAGAUCACCGUCCUGAUCAUAUAUUCAUCUCCACUUGAUUAAUCGCAAGGUUCAAGCAAUUUCACAAUCAAAGAAACGAAUUGAUCUCCGGAAUGGCGUUAACGAACUUUAUACUGACAGUUGCGGGGGUGAGCGCUGUGGUUUUACUGAUGAGGAGCGACGUUAAACAGUCUGCCUCCAUCUUCAAGCGCAACGUUCGUCAAAUUCGCCACUGGCUUGAGGAAGAGUCUGCUUCCGCCGCUAAGGGGAUGGAGAAGGCAAAGCCGAAGGAGAUACCUCAGAAGGACAUCCCCAAAGACGACAAACACUAGAUUGAUUCCUCUGUCGAAAUACAUGCUUAUCAGAUGCCUUGCGAUUUCUCAACUACCAUUUCAAAUUUUGUUCCAUAACAUAUGACUAAUUUAGACUCCCCAUUAGUGUAUGUAUCCUGUUAAAUAUACUUUUGCCAUUUUUGGUAUUGGCAAAAUGAGUUAUUUUCACAUACUGUGUCACCAUAGAGCUUUCAAAAUACUAAUUGACAUGAACUGAACUCUCUUGUAAGAUGUAAUAAUCAUGAUCUCUCAGAUUCUCUUGUAUCUUUGAAGCUACUAGGUCAAAUAACAUUUGAGACAUCAGUUGUUUUUUAUUU